GCUAGAGAGAGAAAGAGAGAGAGAGAGAGAGAGAGAGAGAUGGAGAAGAGAGGGGCGUGAGGGAAUUUGCAGGCAUCGUUUCUUGAGAGAGAGAGAGAGAGGGAGCUUCCUCGCUCUGGAAUUCACUGGGCCGGCGCUUCUCAAGAACCGAUCUCUGCUCCGGUCUUCAGUCGCAAGGUGGAAAUCGUGCAUUUAGAUCAGUGGAGCAGAGAGGCGGUCAAGAUGUCUUCCCUCAGCAGAGAGCUGGUGUUCUUGAUCUUACAGUUUCUCGAUGAGGAAAAGUUCAAAGAGACCGUUCACAAGCUUGAGCAGGAAUCUGGGUUUUACUUUAAUGUGAGGCAUUUUGAGGAUGAGGUCCAUAAUGGGAAUUGGGACGAGGUCGAGAGGUACCUCUCUGGGUUCACAAAGGUGGAUGACAACCGGUACUCGAUGAAAAUCUUCUUCGAGAUAAGGAAGCAGAAGUAUCUCGAGGCAUUGGACAAGCAUGAUCGGUCCAAAGCUGUGGAUAUUUUGAUAAAGGAUCUUAAAGUGUUCUCCACCUUUAAUGAGGAACUUUUUAGGGAAAUAACGCAGCUACUGACACUAGAGAACUUCAGGGAAAAUGAGCAAUUAUCUAAGUAUGGAGAUACAAAAUCUGCGAGAGCAAUUAUGUUGGUGGAGCUUAAGAAGCUUAUUGAGGCAAACCCCUUGUUCCGUGAUAAGUUGCAAUUUCCUAGCCUCAAGAACUCAAGACUACGCACUCUCAUAAACCAAAGUCUGAAUUGGCAGCACCAACUUUGUAAAAAUCCAAGAUCAAAUCCAGAUAUAAAAACUCUAUUUGUGGAUCAUUCUUGCGGGCAGCCAAAUGGUGCACGGGCCCCAUCUCCAGCGAACAGCCCGUUGCUAGGACCCUUGCCAAAAGUUGGAGGUUUUCCUCCUCUGGGAGCACAUGGGCCUUUUCAACCCGCUCCUGCCGCUGUUCCAACGCCUCUUGCUGGUUGGAUGUCCAAUCCACCUUCCACUGUGACACAUCCAGUUGUGCCCGGAGGAGGAGUGAUUGGUCUUGGUGGUCCAUCAAUUCCAGCUACUCUGAAGCAUCCUCGGACUCCCCCAACUAACCCUUCUGUGGAUUACCCUUCAGGGGAUGCUUCUGAUCCUGUUUCAAAAAGAACGAGGCCCUUGGGAAUUGUUGAUGAGGUGAAUCUGCCGGUUAAUGUCCUCCCCGUAACUUUUCCUGGCCAUGGUCAUGCACCGGCUUUUACUUCUGACGACUUGCCAAAGGCAGUAGGACGGAUUUUAAAUCCAGGUUCAUCUCCAAUGAGCAUGGAUUUUCAUCCUGUGCAGCAGACUUUGCUUCUAGUUGGCACCAAUGUGGGUGAUAUUAGCCUUUGGGAUGUUGUCUCUAGAGAGCGACUUCUUUCAAAGAACUUCAAAGUUUGGGAUCUUAGCUGCUGUACGACGACCCUUCAGGCAGCUCUAGUUAAAGAUCCUGGUGUAUCUGUAAAUCGCAUUAUGUGGAGCCCAGAUGGUUCCCUCUUUGGAGUUGCGUACUCUUUGCACGUUGUGCAGUUAUUUUCUUUCAAUGGAAACAAUGAAGUGCGGCAGCAUCUAGAGAUUGAUGCUCAUGUUGGUGGAGUGAAUGAUCUUGCAUUUGCUCAACCCAAUAAGCAACUUUGUGUCAUAACCUGCGGUGAUGACAAAACAAUCAAGGUGUGGGAUGCAGUUACUGGCGUAAAGCGGCACACGUUUGAAGGUCAUGAGGCUCCUGUUUAUUCUGUGUGCCCUCACUCUAAGGAGAACAUUCAGUUUAUAUUUUCGACUGCACUGGAUGGAAAGAUAAAAGCAUGGUUGUAUGACAAUAUGGGGUCUAGAGUUGAUUAUGAUGCCCCUGGGAGAUGGUGCACAACAAUGGCUUAUAGUGCGGAUGGUACAAGGCUCUUUUCCUGCGGGACAAGUAAAGAUGGAGAAUCAUUUAUUGUCGAGUGGAAUGAAAGUGAAGGGGCAGUGAAGAGGACAUAUCAAGGAUUCAGGAAACGUUCUUUUGGUGUUAUCCAGUUUGACACAACUAGAAAUCGUUAUUUAGCCGCUGGCGAUGAUUUCUCCAUUAAAGUUUGGGAUAUGGACAAUGUUAAUCUCUUAACAACUCUUGAUGCUGAUGGAGGCUUGACGGCAAGUCCACGUGUCCGCUUCAACAAGGAUGGAUCUCUCUUGGCUGUUUCUAUCAAUGAAAAUGGAAUCAAAAUAUUGGCGAAUUCUGAUGGCAUGAGGUUGUUGCGCACUUUCGAAAAUUUUUCAUAUGAUGUAUCAAGAACACCAGAAACUCUGGUGAAGCCAAAAGUAAAUCCCAUUACAGCUACUGCUGCUACUGCUCCAAUCAGUGCUGGACUUGCAGAUAGAGGUGCCCCUGCAGUUGUGACUUCCGGAAUGAAUGGGGAUGCCCGAAUUCUAGGGGAUGUGAAACCCAGAAUAACUGAAGAAAGCAAUGAAAAAUCUAAACUUUGGAAGCUCACUGAAAUAAGCGAACCAUCUCUGUGUCGAUCCUUGAGGCUGCCUGAAAACCAAAGAGCGAACAAGAUAUCACGCUUAAUAUAUACAAACUCAGGGAGUGCUAUUUUGGCCUUAGCAUCAAACGCAGUUCAUCUUCUCUGGAAAUGGCAGCGCAACGACCGCAAUUCAACUGGCAAGGCCACUGCCAGUGUGGCACCUCAACAAUGGCAACCAUCAAGUGGCAUUGUUAUGACCAAUGAUGUAAACAAAAAUAAUCCGGAGGAGGCGGUUCCCUGCUUUGCUCUGUCCAAGAAUGACUCUUAUGUCAUGUCGGCAUCAGGAGGAAAAAUUUCCUUGUUCAAUAUGAUGACAUUCAAGACAAUGACAACAUUCAUGCCGCCGCCGCCUGCAGCGACCUUUCUUGCUUUCCACCCUCAGGAUAACAAUAUCCUUGCCAUAGGCAUGGACGAUUCCACUGUCCAGAUAUAUAAUGUCCGUGUGGAUGAGGUUAAGAGUAAGCUCAAGGGCCAUUCUAAAAGGAUAACUGGCCUUGCAUUCUCUAAUACGCUGAACGUGUUAGUUUCAUCGGGUGCAGAUGCUCAGAUUUGUGUAUGGAGUUCUGAUGUCUGGGAAAAGCAAAAGAGCACAUACUUGCAGAUUCCGCCUGGAAGGACACCAGGAGCACAGUCAGAUACACGAGUGCAAUUUCAUCAGGACCAAAUGCACUUCCUUGCUGUUCAUGGUACUCAGCUUGCUGUAUAUGAAGCAACAAAACUAGAAUGCAUGAAACAGUGGGUUCCAUAUGAAUCUUCGGCCCCGAUAUCUCAUGCUACGUUCUCUUGCGAUAGCCAGCUUGUUUAUGCGAGUUUCUUUGACGCCAGUAUCUGUGUUUUCAACGCUGCAAACCUCAGGAUGCAGUGUCGCAUUAAUCCGUCUGCUUAUCUUCCUGCUACUGUCAGCAACUCGAACGUGCAUCCACUGGUGAUUGCUGCGCAUCCACAUGAGCCAAAUCAGUUUGCAUUGGGACUGUCAGAUGGCGGUGUUCAUGUCUUUGAGCCCCUGGACUCUCACAGUAGAUGGGGCAUGCCGCCACCGGCUGAGAAUGGUUCAGCAAGUGGAGUCUCAGCUUCUUCAGCUGGCCCUUCAGGCUCUGAUCAUGCAGAGAGAUGAUUUUAUAGCCUAAAAAGUCUCUUUUUUAAUGUUUGGCUUGCAUGGCCAUUGUGAAUCUAGGAAUGCUUUAUGCUGUCGUGCUCUUUUUAUGUUGCAGACAUCACAAACCCAUGCUUUAUCUAUCAGGAAAUUUUUUUAUGGUC